CGGUUAGUGCGGCGCCAUCGGUUGCCAAAAUUGCCCUCCUUUGGUUAACUCGCGCGAAAAAACGAGACAGUGUGCUCUCUUGCUCUGCGGAUUACCACGCGAUGUACGACUUUUUCAGCCGCAUUGUGGAGGCCACGCGGAAUACCAUAAACGCGCUGUCUGGAUUUAUGUGAGAUUGCUUUUCCAAGGGUGGCUUCAGUGGUUGUGUCGCGUCAGGGCGGGAGAAUAUUCCCUUCACCCUACCCACACUAUGCCGGUCGUUAUGGGUAAAAGAUUGGCCAGAUGAACCAACACGGAAAGAUCUACCGACUCCGUCCAUACUGUCGAGUGACGACGAGUUUGCACAAGUGAAGAAGAUUGUCCUUCUCGUAUGGAUCGCUAGCGGGAAACUUUGGAAAAUGGGUUAUAUAGGAUUAUUAACGUCAGUUAUUCUCGGUCGCUUGCGUAGUAGUUCAUAAUCUUGGGACCAGUUCUUCUUCCGGUGAUAGAUUGGUUUUGUUCGAGGAUAUAGAGAGUAGGCUUGGAGUCGGUUGGAUUAUGGUGAAGGUAUGCAAAUUGUGACAAUUGCUGGAGCACCGAAAGGAGUAUGUAUCGAAAAAAGUGGUUGUUUCGGAAAUUUGUCGACAGCUGAAAGUGAUAGCGGUGUUUAAUUAUAGAUGUCAUCAGAUAUGCCGCACAAUCGGCAAAGUGUAUCGCAGUGGCAUUUAAUUAAAGAUACAUCGAAACAACAUCAGUGGCGAAAGAGGUAAAUCGUGCGAUACACAUAAGAAGGAUUACGUUUUUUGGAUUCGAACAAGAAAUCGAGGAUGGGAUUCGAAUUGUGUGUCUAUAUUAUGUGCAGUGAAUAUUAAAAAGAAUAGUCCAUUGGAACCUCUUGUGUAUAUGCUAAAGUGGAAACAAUUUUUAAUGGUCAUUCAGUGUAUACUAAAUAGAGAAUUUGUACUUGCUAUCAAUCGAGAAGCAUUGUGGAGUGUGUAUCAGUGUAUGAGGCCUACGAAUAAGUGGAUUAUAAAUUGGAUUAUCAAUUCAAUAUAGUGAUCACGAUACCAAUUCUUCAUUACUGAAGGAGAACUAUGGAUUCCCGCAUUCAACCACCGGAAGUACAAGAAUAGAAAGGAGAGUGAAAAAUUUCAAUUAAAUAGCAUCAAACGUCCAGCGAUAUAACUAUUACAAACAAAAAAAAUGCUGCAUCUGUUCCCACCACUCAAACAGUGCAAAACCAAUUAGACAGAGUGAAAAAUGCAGAGCGCAAUCAUCGGCGGUCUAUUCUUGCUGGCGAAUCUACAUCUCAAUCAUCACAAAGCGAACGGCAUCGUCAGCACCGGCGGUGACGGAAAUUCCGGCCUAGCGCAGCAACUAACCGUCAUCAAAAAGUUUUCCCCAGAUCCAUAUUUUGACUUCGACGUGCCCCGGAAUAUCACAACCCGUGUGGGUCAGACAGCGUUCAUAAAUUGCCGCGUCGAGCAGAUUGGAGAUAAAUGGGUUUCCUGGAUAAGAAAACGAGAUCUACACAUCCUGUCAGCGGGAAUGGUUGUUUACACCUCCGAUGAGCGAUUCCAGGUAACACGUUCCGAAAAAUCGGAAAUCUGGACAAUGCAAAUCAAGUUUGCCCAGCAGCGAGACUCCGGCGCGUACGAGUGCCAAGUCAACACAGUGCCUAAAAUGUCGAUGACAUUCCAGUUAAAUGUAGUUGAAGCUAAAGCUCUGAUCCUUGGACCAACCGACAUAUACGUGAAGAUAGGGAGCGCAGUGACACUGACCUGCAUCAUCACCCAAGGACCACACGAUCUGGGUACAAUCUACUGGUACCGAGGGACGAACAACAUCAAGCCAACGGAAACUCAUCCCAACGAGACGUCAAUAGCAUAUCCUCCACGAAUCUCGGUAGAUCUCAAGUGGACCGAAGCUUUAACAUCUAGACUGAAAAUUCUCGACGCCAAACUUUCGGAUUCGGGCAACUACACCUGCUUACCCACAUCAGCGGAAGCCAGCAGCGUCAUGGUGCACGUCCUGAACGAAGAGAAUCCGGCCGCGAUGCAGCGUGGGGGUACCAUAGCCAGGCACUGCGCCACAACCUGUCAGCUCCAGCUACUGGGCCUGUUGGUGUAUCUGUUUUCGCGCUAUCAUCACCCAAACUGGCCGCCGCACUCGUAGCACUAGCUGUAAAUCCCUGCGGGUCGUUUGCUCAUCCACCGAGGAUUGGCACUCCAGCCCUAGUCUAGUGGAAAAAUGGUUACCCAUUUCCGAGUGCGUGAAAUUUGUUGGUGGUUGCUAUUUUUGGUGGAACCAAAAGUAAACUACCGAGUUGUGUACAUAGCGGAUGAUAGAACGAGUGAAUUAGUUUUGGUGCGUAGCAAAAAAAGAAAAGAAAUCGAUUUCCGGAUGUCCGCUGGAGAAAAAAAGGAUGCAAUUUCGUGAAGCUAGAUUAUUGCACCGUAAAAGCUGAAGAAAUGUGAUUUACCACAUUAAUAUAAAAAUAGUCAAAUAGCGCUAGAUUAUCGUAGACGAGUUCGAUUCAAUAAAUAUGGACACUGUACAUAUGUAGCAAUUAAGUUAAGAUCUAUCAUAAGAAAAAGAUGAAAAAAAGUUGUUUUUAUUACAUGAAUAAUGCAACAAGAACCCGUUUAUUUUACCGACAAGACCAAAACGUGCGUAGCUGUGAAUAUGUUGAAAUAAAAAUGAAAUGAUUU